AUGCCGUCCUUUGGCUUCGGGUCCCGCGCUGACUCCAGCAUUGACAAGGCGCCUAAUGUUAACGAUGCCUACGACGUCGAAAAGACUCCUCAUAUCAACAAUGCCUAUGAAACUGCUUCCGAUAACGCAGUACGAGGCGAAAGCUUCGAAGUCGGUAACUCGCUCUACGCGAAGCUUCAGCGUUUCGCGGGCAAAUUGAACGUUGAGCAACGUGGUGUUGAGCGCGUUCCGGAAGAUGAGCGGACAGAUACUUCUAUCUACAAUGUCGGCUCUAUGUGGUUGGCGGCCAACAUGGUUGUGAGUUCCUUCGCCAUUGGUGUCUUGGGCAUGUCUACCUUCUAUCUGGGAUUCGUUGACGCCUGCCUGGUCUGCUUCUUUUUCAACCUCCUUGGUAUUCUUACCGUCUGCUUCUUCACCUGCUUUGGACCUACUUUUGGUUUGCGCCAGAUGGUCCUGUCCCGCUUCUGGUUUGGAUGGUGGCCUGUGAAGUUCAUCGCCUGUCUCAAUGUCAUCUCCUGUGUCGGUUGGUCAGCUGCGAACGCCAUUGUUGGUGCCCAGCUCCUCAAUGCCAUCAACGGUACCGUCCCCGGUUUCGCUGGUAUCCUAGUCAUUACCUUUGCCACACUGUUCAUCACUUUCGCCGGUUAUAAGGUCGUCCAUGCAUACGAGUACUGGAGUUGGAUCCCAACCUGCAUUGUGUUCAUCAUUCUGCUGGGCACCUUUGCUCACUCUGGCGAUUUCAUAAACGUGCCCAUGGGAGUUGGAACUUCCGAGCUGGGCGACUGUCUCUCUUUCGGAUCCACCGUCUACGGUUUCGCAACUGGUUGGACCAGUUACGCCGCCGAUUAUACCGUGUACCAGCCCGCCAAUGUCAACAAGCGCAAGAUCUUCGCCUCCGCCUGGAUUGGUCUCAUUAUCCCCCUGCUGUUCACCGAAUUACUCGGUCUGGCUGUGUACAGUGCUACCUAUGCCAACAAUGGUGACAACAAGUACAUGAUUGGCUACGAAGCCUCUGGUAACGGUGGAUUGAUAGACGCCGCGCUCUCACCUCUCGGCGGAUUUGGCAAAUUCUGCCUCGUCAUCCUUGCCCUGUCCAUCAUCGCCAACAACUGCCCCAACAUCUACUCUGUCUCUCUGACCCUGCAAGUACUCAGUCGCUACACCCAACGUGUGCCCCGAUUCAUUUGGACCCUCUGCGCCUCCUGCGCCUCUCUCGCCAUCGCCAUUCCCGGUUACUCAAACUUCAAUACCGUGCUAGACAACUUCAUGAACUUCAUCGCCUACUGGCUGGCCAUCUACUCUGGAAUUGCCGUCGCAGACCACUUUAUCUUCAAGCGCGGCUUUGGCGGUUACAAUGUCGGGAUCUACGAUAAGCGCGAACUACUCCCCGUGGGCAUUUCAGCCACUGUUGCAUUCUGCUUCGGUGUUGCUGGUAUGGUAACCGGUAUGAGUCAGACAUGGUUCGUCGGCCCCAUUGCCAAGCACGCCGGUGAGUUGCCUUUCGGUGGAGACAUCGGAUUCGAGCUCGGUUUCGCCUUUUCCUUUGUUAUUUAUUGCUGUUUGCGACCAUUUGAACUCAAGUACUUUGGUCGGUAA